AAUUGGAAGCAGUAAAAUGGCGGGGAAAAAUGUCCUUGAAGACGAUCGCAAAGGAAAAGUGCUCCAGGGAACGUGUGGAUGGUCUGAUUCUUCCAUAGUUAAGUGUGGAAGGUUCUACCCGGCUUCUGUGAAAACCUCAGAGGAUCGCUUGUUGCAUUACUCUCGGUUCUUUCCCUGUGUCGAGUGCGACUCAAGUAACUAUGCAAUUCCUAGUCCAGCCGCAGUUGAAAAGUGGGUAAAGUGUGUUCCUGCAGGCUUCAAGUUUCAUUUCAAGGCAUUUGGCUUUUUUACAAGAAAAGUAAGAGUUUGUUUGUGGGCAAGAUCCUUCCUACAUCUUUGUCUAGGGCCGGCAUAUUGGGAGCUAGCAGUCUAGGCCUUUUGUUUAGGGUAUCCGAAUGGGCCCUUAGUGUUACCUCAGGGGUGGUGUUAGGCAGACAGCCUAAUAACAGCUACAGUAAUUUAAUUCCGAUAAAAUUACCAUUGAAUGUUUCUUUAUUCACUGUUUCUUGUCUUUCUUUCAUUUAACUAUUCUGCUUCCCUGUUAUUACUUUUUUGGGUGUCCUGUGCCCGGACUUCCCAUAGGCCUUUUCGAGUGCCGCAACCAUGUGCUCGGCGGGUCGGCCAUGUUGUUUUGUUGAAAGAGCCAGAUUUAUUUGCUCAUAGAUGUUUUCCUUUUUUACGCCGGAUUGAACUACGAGGAUCCACACUUGUGUGAGUUUAUUGUUUUGUACCUUUCAGUUAUUCGCUUUGGCUUUAUGUAGGCCGUUUUUCUUAGUCGGAACAUUGCAUUUUGCAGCGAAUUGCACUAAAUGAAGCUGAAUGAAUACAGAUGAGAAUUAACCACUCUGGAACUGAAUGAGAAAGUGUAAUCUCGACGUUGGCAUCCUACGGUGAAAUAAAGCUCUUAACCUUACAUCUUGUGAAAUGUCUGAAUACGAAACCGGCGACCACAUCAUUCGACAAGUGGGUCAAGAUAACCCGACAGCAGAAAAUCUUGAAGAGUCUGGAAGAAGCGAAGGCCCAGCCCGUGGUGAAAACUCGGAGAAAUCGGAUGGACUGGAGCAGCACAAGAAUUCACUCGCUGGGCUCUUAGGUCGCGUGAGUACAAUGUUAAAAGGUGCAAAGACCUGCCUUGUUGAUAUGAAACACAGUGAACUUGAGACUGCCUUGAAGAGUUUGAAUUCGGCCUGGAAGAAAUACGAUAACUCUUAUAGCUUUUAUGUGAUGAAAGAGAUACCUGAACAAGAAUUCAAUCGGGUUAAAAACAAACAUGAUGAAACUCAAACUGAAUACCAUGCAUGCACAAAUGCAAUUUAUGAAUGUCUUAAACGAUUGAAGAGCCAAGAGAAACCUAAAGGAAAGUCUAACAAGUCAUACCCUUCUUCAAAGCAGUCGAAACUCACAGAGAUUAGAAAGAGUAUUGAAAUGAAGAAAUUAAUGCUGCAACAGGAACAGGAACUGGCUCAGUAUAAAUUAGAAAUGGAAAACAAAAAGGUCGAGCUGGAAUUUGAGAGAAAACGGAGGGCUUGUGAAAUGAAGUUUCAGAUUCAAAUGGCAGAAAAGGAAGCAGAACUUUUGGAAGAUGGCAGUGAUACCGUUUCCAAAUAUUCCCUAGAGGACAAAGGAGAAUUUUCCCUUAUGCCACCAAUGACCCAACAGGAGAAAAUUGUUAGAUGGUCGGCAGGUUGUGAUGAGAAACCCUUGAAUCCUGAAGUUCCCAACUUUGUGCCAUCCAAAGGGCCCCUUAAGGACAGUAGUCAGAAUGUCAUGAAAACAAAUCAACCAACAAAGAAGGAAAGUACCUGUGAAAGAGAAUGUGAGGUACUUAGCCCUAAGCCUCAGUCUGUUAAUCCCAUUACAAGCAAUGAUACUACUGCAGUUUUGCUUAAGUUGACAAUGCUCCAAGCCAUGCAGCCAAUAAAAUUCUCAGGGAGCCCCAGUGACUACCCCAUUUUCAGAGACAGACUGCGAGAUAACUUAGAGGAUGGCAUCCUUACUGACAGCCAAAAACUAGAAUUCUUGCCCAAGUAUUUGGCUGGCGAGGCCUAUGAAGUCGUUGAGAGGGUCUCUGGGUGCUCCUAUGAGGCAGUGCUAGACAUUCUACAUGCCCGGUACGGACAGCCUGCUACUGUCGCUGCUGGCUGCAUAGAGAACUUAACGAAGGGACAAAAGUUGUCUAACAAUGACUAUAUUGGACUCCAGAAUUUUGCGGAACAACUUGAGUCAGCCUCAAAGAAGCUCUCUGGGGAAUAUGAACUUGAAGCUAGUACAAUGACAAACCUAAAGCAAAUUGUCAAGCGGCUACCGAAUUACCUUGUGAACAAAUGGGGAGAUGCUUCAUUCAAAAUCCGGGAGAGCGGUUCAACCCCACGACUGUCUGAUCUAGCCAAAUUCGUAAAGCGCCAGGCUGCCAUCAAGAAUGAUCCAGGAUUUGUAAAUGACAAGAGGCCUGAAAGACAGACUGAAUCGAACAUUAGGCCAAACAAGCAAACAUCUGCAUUCUCCACUGAUGUAAAGACUCUUCGUGAAAAUGACAACCCCCUGAACACUGAAAGAAACACUGAAAAACGGAGUUCUAACCAUUGCCCUUGCUGCUCGGGUAACCAUGAGCUCACUGAAUGCGAAAAAUUCAAAGCUGAUGAUAUUCAAGCCCGCUGGGAGAUAGUUAAGCAACACAAAUUGUGUCAUGCCUGCCUAAAGUCUGGCCAUAUGCGUGCUCGGUGCAAGUUCAAAGGUUUUUGUAAGUGCGGAAGUGACAGACGACACCAUAGGCUGUUACAUCAUCCCUAUAAGAAGAACAGAAGUGACGUUGAACAAGGUCCCCAACCAGAGAAACAGCCGCAAAGACAGCCACAAGCAGAAGGAAGAGAAGUACAACAAGGAGAUAGCCUCAGGACUGUGGAACAGUAUGCCACUGCCACCGAAAACCUCUCAAAAACAGUGCUACUGCAUGUCCUACCUGUCAAGGUGAUAGCUCCAAACGGGUGUGUCUUAACCACCUAUGGCCUGCUUGAUAACGCUUCACGAGGAACUAUAAUUAGUAGUGAUGUUGCAAACACUCUUGGAUUAAAGGGACGAAGAAAGCUAGUUUCUGUGAACACUCUAAUGGACAAAACAAAUGAAGAAUUUCAAGAGGUGAAUUUUCAGUUACAGUCGGCUAGCAGUGUUGGAGAGAUUAUUACUGUUCAUGAAGGUCUUGUCUCAGAGAAGUUUAACAUAUCAGAAAGGUGGCUUCCCAGGGACAUUGAUACAUCCCUCUACCCUCAUCUGAAGGGCAUUAGAAUUCCUGAUGUAGAAAUUAAAAAGGUUUCAAUCCUGAUAGGAAAGGACGUUGAUCAUGCCCACGAAGUAUUCGAAGUACGAAAACCUGGCACACCGCACAGUCAGCUGAAAGCGCUGAGAGGCCCACUAGGCUGGGUCAUUACCGGGACUCUCCAGGGAGUUCCCGCUCCCAAGGAGCUCAACAUCAAUUUUACAAGCUGUGAUAAGAAACUGCAUGAUCAGAUCGAGAAUUUCUGGAACUUGGAUGCCUUUGGGACACGGAAUGACUAUGUUUCGAGAAACGGGACUGAUGCCAAAGAGCAUUCGACUCUGGCAUCCCAUAAUUUGUCCAGAGAAGAUAUGCAUGCGGUUGACAUAUUACAAAGAACAACUAAGAUGCGUAGUGGACAUUAUGAGACUGGUCUACUGUGGCGCAAUGAGGAGGUUCAGUUGCCUAACAAUCGCUCCGAAGCUGAAAGGAGGAUGCAGAGCCUAAAGAGGAAGUUCUCCUCUCAACCAGACCUUGAAGAGAGGUAUCGAGCAGUUAUGGAAGAUUACAUUGCCAAGGGACAUGCUCGCAAAUUGUCGCCGGAAGAGGCCGCGAACAGAGGUCCUAGAACUUGGUACUUACCGCACUUUGCUGUCGUGAAUCCUAAUAAGCCUGGCAAGGUACGCAUUGUAUUUGACGCAGCCGCAGAGUGUGAGGGAACCUCCCUCAACAAGAACCUUCUGCAUGGUCCUGAUUACACCAACAGUCUUGUUGGGGUGCUCCUGAGAUUCCGAGAAGACAACACUGCUCUCGUAGCCGAUAUCGAAAGCAUGUUCCACCAAGUUAAAGUUCGCGAGGAGGACCAAGACUCAUUAAGAUUCCUGUGGUGGACUGAGAGUACAACUGAUUCUCCAGAGGAGUAUGUGAUGACUGUGCAUAUCUUUGGUGCAACCGACUCACCAUGUGCAGCAAAUGCCACGCUGAAGAGAACCGCAGAUGAUAAUGCAAAGGAUUUUGACCCUGUCACCAUAGAGACUGUGAAGCGAAAUUUUUACGUGGAUGAUCUGUUGAAGUCGGUGCACACACCAAGCGCAGCAAUACCACUGGCUGACCAACUGGUGAAACUGUGCGCCAAAGGAGGAUUCAACUUGACUAAAUUCGAAAGUAAUGAUCGCCAAGUCCUAGCUGAGAUACCUGUGAAGAAGAGAGCUACACCUUCCCUUGACCUUGACCUGGACCAGCUACCAAUUAAUCGAGCCCUUGGAGUCCGAUGGAACAUUGAAUCCGAUACACUCGGAUUCAAAACAGCAGAUUUACAAAAGCCGGAUACAAUGAGGGGUGUGCUGUCAACAAUUGCCUCAGUUUUCGACCCCUUGAAUUUUGCGGCCCCUGUGAUGUUACCCGCAAAACAGAUUAUGCAAACUCUAUGGAGACGGAAAAUGCCGUGGGAUCACCCAAUCAGUGGAGAAAUUCUUGAGAAAUGGAAGAUGUGGAAGAGCUGUCUGCCUCUCCUGGAGAACCUAAGUAUCCCGCGAUGUUAUUUCAGUCGUCUUGAGCAUGAAGGAGUCAAACUGCAACUACAUCAUUUCUGCGACGCUUCAGAGGUUGGCUAUGGAACCGCAAGCUACCUGCGCAUCGAGUAUUCAGAUGGUGAAACCGAAUGUCCCUUCCUCAUUGGGAAGUCAAGGAACGCACCUAUAAAGAGUGUCAGUCUGCCACGACUUGAGCUGCAAGGGGCACUUCUCGCCGCACGGAUUGACUCGGCAGUCAGAAGUGAACUUGACUUCCAGUUUGACAAAGUCGUGUUCUGGUCGGAUUCGAUGAUUACGCUGAAUUACAUCAAGAACGAGAACCGGCGGUUCCAAACCUUUGUAGCAAACAGAGUGAGUGAAAUCAGGGAACUGACCCACCCUGACCAAUGGAAACACUGUCCGGGAAAGAUUAAUCCUGCAGAUGACGUUAGCCGUGGCUUAGAGAUGGAUGACUUUCUGAAGAACGACCGCUGGCUGAAGGGACCAUCCUUCUUAAGAGAACCUGAAGAAAAAUGGCCAGAGAACAACUAUGACGUCCUUCCCCCUGAAAGUCUUGAGGUGAAGAAGGAGAUAUUCGCUACCAGUCUGGAGCCCACUACGACAGUUGAAGACUUAAUCACUGAGUCCUCCAACUGGGUGCAUACCUUGCGAAAGGUGGCCUGGAUACUCAAGUUUCUGGAUUGGAUAAAGUGGCGUGUCGCACAAAAACGAGAUCCGGAGGUUAUCAAUGUGAAUGGAGAUAUCAACUGUGAAGAUCUAGAAAGAGCAAAGAGAAGGAUCGUGGCAGUUAUACAGAAGAUUAGUUUUCCCGAUGAGGUGACAAGCCUGAAUAAAGGAAAGCAAGUGAAAGCUUCUAGUAGAAUAAUCAAACUCAAGCCAAUCUUGAAGGGAGAUGGAAUCAUACGCGUAGGUGGAAGGAUAUCCAAGGCCCCGAUAUCCGCUGAUGCUAUUAAUCCAAUGAUAUUGCCAAAGAACCACCAUAUCAGCACUAUCUUGAUCCGAAACCUCCAUGAAACAAAUGGACACUGCGGUGUAGAACAAGUUCUGUCACUUCUAAGGGAACAGUUCUGGAUAGUGAAAGCCAGAAGUGCAAUCAAGAAAAUCCUGAGAACAUGCGUCCAUUGCAGGAAGCAAAUGGGACCAAAGGUGAACCAGCAGAUGGGAGACUUGCCGAAGGUACGACUAACCCCAUACGAGCCUCCGUUCAGUUAUUCCGGGGUCGACUAUUUUGGACCAUUCUAUGUGAAGCGUGGACGAGGAAGAGUGAUGGAAAAGCGUUGGGGAGUUAUUUUCGUCUGUAUGAAUUCCCGAGCAGUGCACUUGGAAUUGGCCAAGUCUCUGGAAACUGACGACUUCAUGCUGGUGCUUAUGAGAUUCUUGAACCGAAGAGGACAUGUAAAAGAGAUCCGCUCCGACAACGGAACUAACUUCGUUGGUGCCGAUAAAGAAAUCAAAGAGGCCUUGAAGAGCAUGGAGAAUAGUAAAGUCCAACGAGACCUCAUGAAGAGAGGGUGUAAUUGGGUUUUCCACCCCCCUGGAGCAUCUCAUAUGUCAGGAGUUUGGGAGAGGUUGGUGAGGACUGUCAAGAGAAGCUUGAAGGCCAUCCUCGGCAACAGCCCGAUGAACGAGGAGGUUCUGACCACAGUGCUCACCGAAGCUGAAAGCGUUGCAAAUUCAAGGCCACUGACACCCAACUCCUCGAGUCCAGAUGAUGCUGAACCGUUGACUCCGAACCAUUUCCUGAAUGUGCGGGGCUCAAUGAACAUUCCCCCUGAUGUGGUAGAUGAGAAAGACAAGUUCAGCCGAAGACGGUGGCGACAGGCCCAGCUGCUUGCCAACCACUUCUGGAACCGAUGGAUAAAGGAGUACAUACCGUCAUUGCAGCAAAGGCACAAGUGGCAGCAAGAACAAAGAAAUGUUCGAGUAGGAGACAUUGUGCUGAUCGCAGACGACAAUGUGAAGAGGAACCAAUGGAGACUCGGUCGAGUGAUAAACUCCUUUCCCGGAUCGGACGGAUUGGUGAGGAGUGUGGAAGUACGAACAGAGGGAGGUACGCUGAAGCGACCGGUGACUAAGCUGUGCCUGCUUGAGGGAGUAAACGAUGAGUGAAGGACAUGCAGACUGAAGAAAAUGAAGAGACAAUGACUUGUUAAAAGUAGAAACUGUUGAGACAAUGUUAGUUAUGAACCCCCCUAGGCUAGGAGUUCAUGGGGGGCGGGAUGUUAUUACUUUUUUGGGUGUCCUGUGCCCGGACUUCCCAUAGGCCUUUUCGAGUGCCGCAACCAUGUGCUCGGCGGGUCGGCCAUGUUGUUUUGUUGAAAGAGCCAGAUUUAUUUGCUCAUAGAUGUUUUCCUUUUUUACGCCGGAUUGAACUACGAGGAUCCACACUUGUGUGAGUUUAUUGUUUUGUACCUUUCAGUUAUUCGCUUUGGCUUUAUGUAGGCCGUUUUUCUUAGUCGGAACAUUGCAUUUUGCAGCGAAUUGCACUAAAUGAAGCUGAAUGAAUACAGAUGAGAAUUAACCACUCUGGAACUGAAUGAGAAAGUGUAAUCUCGACGUUGGCAUCCUACGGUGAAAUAAAGCUCUUAACCUUACAUCUUGUGAAAUGUCUGAAUACGAAACCGGCGACCACAUUCCCUAUCCCUGUCUUUCUUUCAUUUAACUCUUCUGCUUCCUUAUCCCUGUUAAAGCACAGCCCAGAGAACACUGUAAUUGAUAUCAAAAUCUGCAAUAUUGACACCCCCCAACAAGAUAUUUAGUAUACCUAGACUGGGUUUGCCAGACUUAAAGAGUACCCCUGUGGAGACCUAAAAAAAUUUUUUUUGCAAUAUUCUUAUCAUACCGUAACCUUUUGCGAAACCCUUAACCCUUUGAAAAAUGUAAACUUUUCCUUUAAACUGCUGUCUGAAGCAUCCAGUGGUACACUCUAGAUUUCCUGAGAAAAUGUGCCCAGAAAAUUUUCUUUUUCUGCUCUAUCCCUUAAAAAAAUCUUGUCUUUGAGAAAUUCUAUUUUUUUUUCAUUGAUCUAUCACUUCAGAAAACUCACCAACAGUGAUAAGGGUGUUUUAGACGGGAGGGGUGUGGGGAUGGAUAUUAAUGUUGGAGUGACCCUUCCUAAUUUGCUUUUUUUGGGGGAAAUUUCAAACCAGCCAUUAAAUGGAUAGAAUGAUUUUCAUCCCUCAACAUCCAUUGUUUGCUGGAACACAGCAGGUGUGACAUGCUGAACAUAACCUAAGUGGAAGUCAACCAUCACCCAUCCCCAUAAUUUGCAAAAUUAACUAAAAUAAUUAAUAUUCAAAAGAACAACAGUAUACAGCUAUCUUCAAAGGCAGCUUUUCAUAGGUCCUUUUUCUCUAUCCAUGAUGAUAACAGGGUUUAAACUUAAAUUCCUCGAACACCUUCAACUCUACCAUGAUUUAAAUCAAGGUGCAUUGAAUUAAUUUGGCAAUUGACCCACAUUUCUUAUGCAUUUACAUGGUAUCAAAUUCCCUAUCCCAAUAUGAAAAAGUAAAGGUUUGUUUAUAGUGGAAGUUCACUUAGCUUUCCAACUAGUUUACAGAUACUCUGGUAAAAUUCCUUGCUUUUAGAAACAAGUAAUCCAAAUAGGAUAACAGGAUUAAAAAUCCCAUCUGGCAGGAGGCAGCCAUUGAGUUGGCUGCUUACAAGCUUGGCAAGGAGUUGCACUCAGGACUACCAAGAAACUAAUCCAUCUAGUGCUUGGAGCAGGACCAUCCACCUGGGACCAUUGGAUUACACUGUCUCCUGUUCAACCACCCACUGUUGUUAAAUUUGCCUUCCCCUGGGGCAAAUGAUCAAAUCUAAAUGCCCUAGGACAUGUGUUAAUGUUUCUUAAUUUAUUGAAUACAUUUUUUUCACUUAAUCUGUUUCUGAAUGAAAGAAUUAGGCUUUGUAAUCCACUGUUUUUAGCUGAUUUUAGAGAAAUCCUUGAAUCCAGAGAUUUUUGCAGACAUCCUAAUAAGGAAGACAGUGGGGGCUGGAGAAAGAAAUUGAAUUUCAGUUUUGUUCAAGUUGAGGAUAGCUCUGUCAUUUGCUUGCCCUGGGCCAUUGCUUGCUUGUCUCAGACAAUGAUUUAAUAACAAACUGGUUGACUUGCCUGGACCCUCACUUUAAUAUUGCACAAUAUGACUGGAGCUUUAAAAGUUACUCGCCUAGUGAAAAAAUCUACAUAUUCUUGAUGACCAGGCUGAACUCUUUUUGAUCCCUUUAAUGUCAAGAAGCAAAAAUAAUUUGAUUUUUUAUCAUUGAUUUUCAGUCAAUAUCUCCUUCAGCCCUUCCACAUGUGGUCAGAGAUGAGCUUCCAGAGAGCAUCACAAGGCAACAGUGCUCAAUUUUAUGGGAAGAAUUGACACAGACACAAAAGCAGAAACUAUGGGACAGAUUUAACUCUGCACUCCUCCCUGCUCAUCAGAGAAAUAAACUGGGAGUAGUGGUCUUUCAGGUAAUGACAUUUACCCAAAGCAACUAUUGUUAUUCAUUCAAAUUAUUUUUUCAUUUCUAAUUGGUUCAAAUCCAACGUGCUAAUUGUUCUCAAUAACUUGUUAGAUUGAGGUAUUAAGAGGUAAGCAUGUUUUUAUGAAUUAUUUUGAAUGAGUAAUAAAUUUGAUUCAGCUUUUUUAUGAUCUGAAGAAUUAUGCAGAUGUCGGAGGGAGUUAUCUGCCUUGCCCUUUGGUUGCAGCAGAUAACACCAUCCUCGAUUUGUAAAAUUCUUCAGAACAUAUGAAAGCUGAAUCCAACAACUGCUAAUACUCCUAUAUGUCAGUAUAAAGAGAUGCACAUGCUCUUGGAGAAAUCUAGACAAGGCUUGGCAUUUUCAAUUGGAAACAAAGUUAAAAACCCCUUUAAUUGGCCACCCGAAAUGCAAAGAUUUAGUGGAGUGCGACAAAUGCAGACUGCAGACUGGCAAGUAAAUGAGGCAAAACUUUGUUGUGAAAUGCUUUAGCAGAUUCCCUAUCCCUAAACUAGACUUUUAAAUGACUUAAACUUUAGGGGUAGGCAACUGUUAAAGCAUUCCACAACAAUAUUUUCCUUGUUUACUUGCCAGUCUUCUGCGUUUGUCACACACCAAAGAUUUAAUGAUAGCUUACAGGAGUUCGUCACUCAUGAAGACCAAACCACUGGGAAACCACUUCAGACACAAUGACAUUUUGGGAGGCAAUUUAUUGCAUGCAAUAUGUGUAAAAAAAUAUCUAUUUGAAAAUUCAUGUUGUUACUAAAAGUUCUUUGUAUAUAUUCUGAGUAGCAUAGUACACAUACAAAGUGAACAUUAGAGAUCAGACGAUGCAUCAGAUAUUUUGCUUAGGGAAGGUUCAAAACAUCACCCUCGGGCUUUUGUGUAAAAAUGAAAAGAUUCACUGUCAAAGUUGUGAGGCUUAUUUAUCUCUGUGUAAUAACUGUCAAGUUUUUCUUUGCUUUGUAGCUAGUUAUUUUCUUAGCUGCUCUAUAUUGUAUUGACUUCCUUGUUUCAAUUGUUUUGUAUCACUCAUAAGUGUUGAGGGUUCUCACAGUAAGAAUUACAAUGAGGCUAUUAUGACUGUAAAAACUUACAGUUUGUAUUAAUUUUAUCAAGUCCACAUCUAUCAUCUACAGAACUCCACCAACUGCACUUCAAACAUUAAUUAAAUACCUUUUUCAUUCAUGUACACAGCAGAAAAACUUCUCGUUUUCAUUUGAUAACUAAAUUGAAAAACAAAAUCUCUGUAGUUUCACUUAGGCUAUCAGCCCACAGAAGAUAAUAAGAGGCACAUAGAAGAGUGUAGGAAAUAUCUUGAUGUUCGUUACCUCAUGGCUGUCGAGUUUCGAUCCAGGGUUUGGUUUUCAGCAGAAAACUUAUCUUCAACCUUGGAUUGGCUGACAAAGCAUAACCUGGGUAAGUUCGUUGACUUUCAUUUUGCAACAAGUUGAAAACAACUGAUUUUUUUCACUUUCCCUAUUGAAAUACUCUGUAUUCUGUGUAUUUUAUCCCUUUCAAUCCCAUUAGUGACAAAGCAAAAAAAAAAUAAAAUAAAAUUAAUAUUACAAGACAAAAGUUCUGCCAAAGGACGUUAUGAAAGUUAGAAUUACAAACAAUCUGUCCGUAACAUUUUUUUCUAGGACUCGGCGAAUAGUCCGGAUAGGGUGAGGACAUUUUGUUCAUAAGAACACUUUGCAACCGACUAUCACAACGACCGCGCAUUUGAAGCGUUUACUCCUGGACUUUUCUUCUGUUAUCUUGCGCACCGUCCACUCGUAUCCGGAUAUUUUUGGAAACGGAUAAUUUUUUCUCCGUUGUGGCCUUCCCACCACACGUAAACGGAGUUUUCGGGCACCAAAAACGCAGGUUUUCAGAAACGGUUCCGAGAGUGGAGUUUUUUCUUAGAUAAAACCAGCUUAUAGUGCUUAUCAUUUUCGUGUGGACGAACGAAAAGGGAAUUUUUUGAACACGAUGAUGACCUAUAUCAUACAGCGCAUGUUCUGUAAGGGACGAGCAAAAUCGAUUCGAAUACGCUACGUGAGGAUGCGUAUUUUAUGGAAAACGAAGAAACAAAUUUCCGUUUUUUAGAAAGUCCGCGGAUAGGUGUGGACGAGGCCUUACUUGUUCAGUAGAUGCCAGUCUCCCAUAUUUUAACUACUAAAUCAAGAAUUAACUGUACUGUAAUGAGAUAAUCUGCAAUCUGCGUUUGGUGCUGGGAUAUUUUCCCGAGCUACAGCUGUUUUGCGUUUCAUCAGUACCAGCGUGAUUGAUAGAGUUACUUAUCAGAAUACAAAAACAACACUAUUUAGAGUAAAACUACUUUUAACUUUACUCAGUUUUACAUUCCUAAAUCGAAGAGAUAUACCAAUACUCUCUGUAUGUUUCCAACCUUUAUUUAGGUUUGGUUGUCGCUGACGAUCUGCAAAAUGAGGUAUGCUACUUUACUGGAAUCCUUUCUGCUUGGCGUUAGGUAGCUGACAUUUCAGUUUUAACAAACCAAUCUUGUGUAUUCAUUUUCGAUAACCAGAUGUUUCUUUGCGUCUGCGUAUUUGGAUGCUUUUAAAAGACUGACCAACCAGACCGGUCGAUGUGAAAAUGAGAUAGGCUACUUUGGAGGUUUUAUCUGAUCCUCUCCUAAUUUGAGGAAUCUUAAACUUGAAUCUCACAUUUGCCCUGAGUUUGCCGUGAAACUGAUUCCAAGUCUGUAAUGUCUAUAACACAUCCACAGCUGUACUUUGACAAGAACAGCGUUGGAGAUCAUCAGGGGAAGAAGGUAGGGUUGAUUUUUGUAUGGCGGAGCGUUUAAUUCAACGUCUUAAGUUAUUUUUCAAAAGUAGGCCCUGUUCAAACUUCGUCAUGUACCGAACCUAAUCCUGAGAUCAACGUUAGUAUCAAUUGAGUCCGUCAUAUCUAAUAGCCCACGUUCGAUAUAUUAAAUUCUAACAUGACUCCGAGUCUGGAAUAAUGUCCAGUUUUUAGUAGUAGGAACGUUACGACGGCGACGGCGACGGCAACGGCAACAGCAACGUCAAAAAGCAAUGGUUUUCGUUAGCAACAUAACAACUCUGCACGUGCAUCACGCUUUUUUUGUACAUUUCUUUGCCGUCCCUGCACGACUACGACGUGAAAAGAUGAAAUUUUAAGUUGUUUUGAGGACGGGAACGGCAAGGCGAUAAAUUCUACCAUCCCUGUCUAAACUCUGGUGCGGCUCCCUCUCUUCAGCUCCAACAUAAAUUCGCUUCUUUAAGUAACUGGGCGACUCGGGAUAAUCGCGAAAUGGUUUGAAAGGAUGUGGAGUCUAUUUUUCAGCAAGGUUUUCAUGGACGUCGCCGUUGUCGGAUCGUAAGGUUGCUAUUUCCAAACCCGCAGCCAUUAUAAUGUGCGCACCUCCAAGGGAGUAUUCUACGCAGUUACAAUAUAGAAAUACGUAUACAGCCUGCAUAUGCGAAAAAUUGUCAACAGAAAUUUCUGUUUCAUUCCCUCCAGGGCUUAUUUUUUUCAAGCACGUUGGAGUUCGGUUUUAUUAUUUAUUUCCUUAAGAAUUUUGAUCGCAUCGUUCCAAUCAUGGGUUACACAAAAGCAUUUUUUUCUUUCAGGAUUCAGUUUCGAGAGUGGUCCCAAUCGUCAUGGAACUUGGGUCAUGUGACUUUGCCUAUGUUCGCGUGCAUCGAAGGACAGGAAAACAUCGCGUACUGGAAGAAGAAGAAAUAAAAAGGUAUGCGAGCGAAGGCUGAAUUGUUGUUCCAGUUCUUUCUAGCUGCUUGAAAUUCAACUAUAUUUUUCUGUCAGUAGCGAAAUUUGAACAUGCCUUACUUUGGGCUCGAUUUCCGCGGCUUGCCUGGAGGAGCCGAUAUGAUUUGCUGGUAUUACAUUUACUGGUUUACGCAUGACGUCAAGGCGGCCAUGUUGGUGGUGAGGAACAAAGCCUUUCUCUCCUCUGGGAACUAAACUCCAUUUUCAUGUAAAUUAUUCGAGAAAAUCUAUUCACCAUUUUCACAUAGACCAUAAUGCACCUUGCUUACCUCCUAAAAUUUUGCAUAACCGUGAGUUGUUUCCAAUUUCUCCUGGGUGUUAAAGUCGUCCCAAGAGAAAUCAAAGACAAAGGUUACGCAAAUUUUUUUUUUUUGGCAGGGGGGGGUAAACAAAGUGCAUUAUGGUCUAUGUGGAAGUGGUGAAUUGUAUUGACCAACAACGUCGCCGCCCUGUCACGUGGUUGCAAACCAAGAAUAAAAAUACUCUAGCUCUUUCCGAUUACAAAGAUUAUAUUUACAAUUAUCCAAUGCAAAGUUAGAAAUUUCUCCUCUUAUAACCGAACCCUUCAGCUAAAUGCGACUAACUCUAAUACGACCACAUCACCUCAGGUUUAAAUACGACAAUCCGGUAAAUGUGUUAACCUUGUUAGUGCAAGCACCUUGUUUUCACAAUCGGGUUAAUAACGCGACUACCGCUAACUAACUUCAAAUGGCUAAUUACAACAACCAUUUUAAACCCGAAAAAUGAUAACACAUUCGUUGCCGUAGCUAAAAGCCAAAUGCAUUUUUUUUGGUCUCUUUUUACCAGCUGGGGAGAACGUUUGCGUUCGCCCGAAUUACAGGGUAAAAUACGAGGACCGAUAUAUUUCAUGUGGGGUACAGACCAUGAAGAUCAGGUGUGUUUCAUUGCAUUUUCUAUUCUUUUUUCCCGGCACCUUCUAUUAAAUGUACCUUAAAUACAUACAUCUCCACUACAGCUCAAAAAUUACAAGCUGCAUGGACAUUAUCAUAGUUCAUCUUAACCCCAGGCCUCUCAUGAAAUAAAAAAAGUCGCAAAUACAGUUAAUGAAAAAAUAGAAAUAAAAAAUAGGAUUAGGAUAAGUGAAGCAAUAGCGAUUUAUAAAUGGUAUAAUAACAGUAAUUACUACAAUGAGCAGAAAGGGCAAUUUAGAUUACAGUUUCUUAAAAGAUGUGAGAUCUUUAACUUUAAUGACUUCAGCCGUAAACCAUUAAACAAUAGUACCUAGAUGAAAUGGGGGUUACAAGCUUAGACCAGAGCUCUUAGGCAAACAAACUUUUGCAGCUGUUUCCAUUUUUACCGUAACGGUUCAAAGCUUAAACGAAUUGAAGUAUUGCGCGUAUCCAUUCCUGAAGAAUCUAUAACAGUUCCUCUUACGAACACGAUUUCCGCAGUGAGAUCACAAACGUGACGAUUUGCUGGACAAAAAAAUGAAACUACUGUUGUCCAAUUGUACAUUGAUUUUACGAAGUAGCCCGUCGUAUCCUCUAUAAGUCACUUACACCGAGGUAGAUCCAUAGAGUGCAAAAAGUGAGACCAAAUUUUCCGUGAUCUUGGUCAUUAGAGGUCAUUCUGCUGUACCAAAGCUUUAUUGUAAGGGGCGAGUAAUCAGUUUACAGAAAGACUAAACUUGUUCAAUCGUUUACCUUUUUUACUAGCCCAUCAUCAAUUCCAAGAAUCUGACAAAGGACCUGGGUCCGUCGUUGGCUUACAACUGGAAGGAGAAAAUCUCCAACUCAGGAAUGUUAAAGUUUUGUUCAAAAGCGGCACAAGGGUCUCAAACAGAAAAAACUGCUUUGAAAAAAGAAGGUUCUGAUUCUGAAAAGGUUUCAGCGCCGGCUAAAGAGAAGGAAAGUUUGUUUCCCAAACCUGACGAUUUAGAGCAAGGAGAUAACGAUCCACCAUUAGGACAAAGGAGCUCUUCGUCGACAGUAAACAAAACAGCUUUCUCAGGUUCAGCCAGAAAACGAACCUUAAGUUCAGGCUUCAUUUCACCCAGGAAAAAACAAGCGUCUGCUUCUACGAAAGCUAAAAUUUCCACUCCCAAUAACCAGAGAAUCAUUUCAGAUUUUUUCAAAAAGUAG